AUGAAUACAAUUCAAAUAACUAUUUGGAUUAUACUAAUUAUUCCAAAUAUUUUUGCAUACCAAUGUUUAACUGAUCAAUGGCCACCAAAAUCGAAAUCAAAUAUACCUACAUAUGUCAUUGAUUUGGAUACACCACCUUUUCAACGUUGGAAUCAAAUUGUUACUUUAUACAAAUCGCAAAUCAGAGAUGUACUAGAUUAUACAAAACAUUUCAUUGUUAAUACAUGGCCAGUAUUCACAUUUCUUAUUGAUAUUAUGCAUACUAAAUUAUCAUUGAUAGCUGAUACAUUACCAGAACCAUAUGGUCAAGAAUUAAAAGGUAUUAGUCAAGCAAGUGGAAUAUCAUUAGGUGAAAUUAUUUUCUACAAUAUCUUCUAUGAAAUAUCAUCCUUAUGUACUUCCAUUGUAACACAAGAUCAAAAUGGAUAUAUUAUACAUGGACGAAAUCUUGAUUUUGGACUUUUAUUAGGUUGGGAUAAAGUUAAUAAAAGUUGGAUAUUAACUAAUAAACUGCGUCCAUUAGUAAUUGCCAUUAAUUAUACUAAAAAUGGUGAGAUUCGUUUUCAAACAAUUAGCUUUGCUGGAUUUAUUGGUGCCAUUACUGGUAUUAAACCAGGCAGAUUUAGUAUUACAUUGAAUACACGUUUUGAUCUUAAUGGAGGUUAUAUUGGUAUAAUCGAAUGGGUUUAUAAUAUCAAUCGUAAUCAAUCAUUUGUAACAUUAGCUAUCCGUGAUAUGUUAACAGGAGCAGAAAAUUAUGAUGAAGCUGUUGAAUAUUUAUCUAAAAUUCCAUUAUUAGCUCCAUGUUAUUAUAUUAUUGCUGGAAUAAAACCUGAACAAGGUGUUAUUAUCUCUCGAUCACGUCAAACUUCUGUUAAUAUUAAAACAUUAAAUACUAAUAAUCAAUGGUAUCUUAUUCAAACAAAUUAUGAUAAUUGGAGAAAACAACCUGCAAUAGAUGAUCGACUAACGCCAGCAAUUCAAUGUAUUGAAACAAAAGGCAAAAAUAAUACUAAUUUUGAAUCAUUAUUUAAUCUUCUUUCAUCACAACCUAUGCUAAAUAAAUUAACAAUUUAUACAACAUUAAUGAAACCAUCGACAGGACAGCUAGAAUCAUAUAUUCAAGAUUGUCAUGAUGAAGAUAUACCUUGUAUACCUUGGUAG